UCUCUGCCCAGGGAUGUUAACUAGACUUAUUGUAGUGAUUAUUUCACAAUGUAUACAAAUUUUGUUUGUAUACUCAUGUAUACAAUGUAUACUCAUUAUGUUGUACACUGGAAACUAAUGUCAUAUGUCAAUGAUAUCAAUUUUUAAAAGGAGAGAAAUUUAUUGCAAGGAAUUGACUUACCUGAUUGUGAGGGCUGGCUAGCCAAGUCUGAGAUCCAUAGGGCAGGCUGUCAAGAAGGCAUGGGCUGAAGCUGCUAUCCAGAGACAGAAUUUCUUCAUCAGGGAAGCAUCAUGAAUUCUCUUAAGGCCCUUCAAUUAAUUGAGUCAGGCCCACCCAGAUUACCUAAAAUAAUCUUUCUUAAAGUUAAUUGAUUAUGGAUUUUAAUCACAUCUACAAAAUACCUUCACAACAACACUUAGAUUAUUGUUUGCUUCAUUAACUGGGGUCUGUAGCCUCUUUAAGUUGAUACAUCCCAAGACCAUCACAUCAGGUUAAAAUGAUUUAGUUUGUCUACAAAAAUUUAAAAGAAGGCUUCAGUGAAUAGAUCACUGAGUAGACUAGUAGAGAAAGGUUUCUUAGAGGAGAUAGAACUUAUGCAGGGCCUUAUAGAAUAGAAAGAGUUUGCAAAGGCACUGAGGAGCAUCUUCCUCCAAAUUACAAACCAGAUUUGCCUUAGUACUUUAAUCCCAAAGAGCAAGGUGCUGAUUAACAUUAGGUCUGAGAAUUCUCAGAAUGACAGCCUUGGUUGUUGGGCCUUUUGGCUGCCUAGGAAUUAAUAUAUAUUUCUCUUUUUUCUUUUUGUAGUAAGUUUUAAAAACAAACUUAGAAUGUUGAACAAAUCAGAUUUGCAUUCCAUAUAAAAUAGGUACUGUGUGUGAAUUAGCCUCUUAUAGUAAUCAAAUAUAUUUCUUACAAUUUCAACAUUGGAAAUCACUAUAGAAUAUUAGUAUUAUUUCCCUGAGAUGUUGUCUCUAACCAAUGGAUAAUUUUUGUUAAAAGAUAUUAGAAGGUUGGGAAUUCUUAACUUAUCAAGGCUUCCAGAAGCUAGGAACCAAACAGGAGAUUAAUCUUGCACAUUGUACAUUACCUUGCAGUUUGAAUUCCAAUUUCUUGUUUUCAGUUUUUAAUGAAAGCAUGAAACUUUCCAUUGUCACAUCCAUUAUUUAGAGCUUGAUUCUAGUGAAAUGUAUUAUAGGCUAUUAACACUCUGAGAAAGGAAAUGGAGUGGGGGCGGUGCACCCUGGGAAGGCAAGGUUAAUUUGUGGAAGUUGUAAGGAAUUAGAACUGUGUUAACCCUUUGUUAAAAGCAGCUCUCUCUGAAACUGAGGGCAACCACCAACUAACCCUAAUUAGAUGUGCUUGGAAGGAUCCAUUCUUUUACAGUUGUGCUUUUUUCCUUUUUUCUACAAAGCUAAUUAUAAUAUACUGUAUAAUUCAUUAUAGAUUUUCCCUGAUCAUGAAAUCACCAAUUCACUCAUUAUUUCGGCUGGUCCUAUUUAGUGCCUAAUCAUAAAGAAAUUUUGCACAAUUUGUGUCAUUUUUCUGGGUUCUUUUAAAGAGUAAAAAAGAAUUAGGGAGGGAGAGAAAUUUCCCUUCUGUACAUGUUUCAGGACCACUGUUUAAUAGUGAUAUUUCUAGCAUGUUCCUUUAUGAUGGAGAGUUUUGAGGUUCUGUCUGGGUAGUAAGGACGACUGACUGACUCACUGUGCCAUUGUGGUGAACCUUUGUGAUUAUUACCUGAGCACAUGCUUCCAAGUAAGAGAAUUCGAAGAUGAAAGAGCCUCUACAUUUUAUGACAGUCACUUUUAAUAAUUAAUUUCUAGAGAGUGUGGUUUAUGGCCUAAAACUAGUUAAUAUAUACUAAAUUUAAGAUUUUUAAACCAUGUUUGCAAUUAGCAAUACGUAACUAACAACUUCCUUUAGUUUUGCAUUUACUUAGGACUAGUUACUAUUUGACUGUAGAGGUUCGUUUUGUGCUAUUACCCUAUAUUUUUAUAAUAUAAAGAACCAAUCCAUUGUAACAUUGUUUUUAAAGUACAAGUUUAAUUUUUUCCUUUUAAGAGAACAGUAGUCUGUCUUUAUGCCAACUUAAUUUAGGUUACCAAUCUCUUAUUUUGAACUUGUAGAAAAAUAUUAAUUGAACAAGCUUAUUUCAAAUCUUGACAAACAUAAAAAAUAAACUGUUCAAUUACAGUAGCAGUAAUUGUACAAUUAACAAUUCUACUCGUUAAAUUGCAAUAGCAUUUCUGGUAGUCUUGUGUUAUGCUGCAUUUUCUUAUAUCAUGUGAUGUUCACCAUAAGCCUGAGACGGGUGGUAUUGUAAUCAUUAGCAUCAUUCCCAAGAAGCAAUAAAGAGAGUAAGGGUGAAAACCAGCUUAGAAGAAACAAAUCAGCAAUAAAACACCAUGCUAUUUUAGUUAUGUGCUUAGCAGCACAGUGCUAGAACCUAAAGAUACACAGAUAAGACAUGUCUCGCUCUGAAGAUGCUUACAGACUAGUAGAGAAUAUGGAAAAAUAAACAAGAAGCACAUAAUAGAGACUGGGAGUGGGGUUACUAGAUAUAGAAAAAACAAAACAGGUGCAUAAAUUUGAAUUUAACAGGUUUUAGAAUGUCCCAAAUUUGCCAAUCAACAACUAAUAUGUUUUGUAGUAUAAGUAUAUCCCAUACAAUGUUCCACUGGACAAUCCUAAUGGAGAAGGUUCUGGAAGAAUUCCGGAAGAGGUUAUAUCUGAGCUGAACUUUGAGAAUUGAGCAUUGCAGGUAGGAGACAUGUACAAGGCUACAAAGACAUGAAAGAAUGCCAUGUUCCAGGAAUGGCUAGAGCUGAGAAGAUGAAGGGCAGUUUGCAUAGGUUAAGUUGUAAUCAAAAGAUGAUGUACAGUCAGAAUCAUAAAAGACUAUGUAUGAAGAAUUUCACUAGUUGUAGUGGAUUAAAUUUGGAUGGAAGGAAGUGUUGACAAGUAUAGACUAGUAUUUCCAGAAAUUUUGCUAGAAAAUCCGUUUGUUUCGUUUUUUUUUAAAUUGCUGUAAACUACACAUAACCUAACAUUUACCAUCUUAACUAUUUUUGUUCCAUUUAUUACUUUGUUUUUCAGCUUUAUUAGGGUAUAAUUGAUCAAUAAAAUUAUAAUAUAGUUGUAUACAUUGUGAAAGGAUUCCCCCCUUGAGUUAAUUAGGAUAUCCAUUAGCUCACACAUUUACCUUCUUUUUCUUUUUUUGGUGAGAACAUUUAAAUUCUACUCUCUUAGCGAACUUCAAUUAUGUUGUUCAGUGUUAUCAAAGUCACCAUGUUAUACAUUACAUCUUUAGACCUUAUUAAUCUUAUAACUGAAGAUAGCACCCUUUUACCAACCUCUCUCUGUUUUCCUCACCCACCAAGCCCCUGGCAACAACCAUUCUACUUUCUGUUUCUAUGAUCUUAACUACAUUAGAGACCUAAUGUAAGUGGAAUCACACAGUACAAUCUGACUCUUGAAAAACGAGGUUAGGAGCACCAAUUCCCACCCCUGCAGUCAAAAAUCCACAUAUACACUACAUUAUUUACAAUAGCCAAGAUAAGGAAACAACCAAAUGUCUGUUAAUGAAUGGAUAAAGAAGAUGUGGUACAUAUACACAAUGGAAUAUUAUUCCGCCAUAAAUAAAAAAGAAAUCCUGCCAUUUGCAACAACAUGGAUGAAUCUAGAGGGUAUUAGGGGAAGUGAAAUAAGCCAGGCAGAGUGUCGGGAAGUUCAUGUUCCUAUGGCCAGAAUCCUCACUGAACUUAAACCACUUGAAAGUGUAACUGGCUUGUUGCUAGGCUACCGCUCCCACACCCGUAGGCAAUAAGCUAUUAUUGCGCUAUAUAGAGAGCUCGGCCCAGUGCUCUAGGCCGAGGCAGAGACACUAGUACUUGAUCUACCACCAGGAGAACAUGCCGGGUAAUAAAUUCUUUCACCCCAAAGAAAUGGUCUACUGUCUUUUCUUUGGUCACACUGAAUCCACAGCGAACUUGUCCGGGGCUGAAACCCAUUGGCAAGACAAUUGGCGAAGUCAACAGGGUUUGUUGUUGACCAAGGAAAAAGACAGGCUGCCCUUAUGGAAGGGUUGCUUCAGUGGGCUGCCCCUGUGAAUGGGGAGACAGUGGAUUGUCCCUCAGUGGGUAUGUGGUCUGAGGUGGCCUGCCUCCUAGAGGGCUGGGCCCCACGCCAGAACUGGAGGCAAGUGGAGGUGAUACCUGAGGCACUUAGGGGUGGCCUUUGGUAUAGUAAAUAGGUCUUUUGAGAGACAGAGUGCCCAUGACACAGUGGGGACUUUAGGUUGGCUGCUUCUCACAGUAUUAAAAAAGUCUACAGAAGAUACAGAAGAGAAGGACACACUCCUCAAAAAUACCCAAGAAAUGGCAGCACGAGAACACAAGCUGCAAACUGCUGUGGAUUCACUGAAGAAGGAAAUGGCAUUGAUACGAGAGGAGGCAGCACAAGAAUGCCAGCAGCAAGGUGCCAUUGAAGAGGUAAAAGAUUCCUUACAGAAUGAGACAGCAGUGCUGCCAGGUUCUCUGAAGGAGGAAAGGCCAUCAAAGAAAAAGACAAACUCCUGAGGGAAGCACACAUGGAGGUGGCACGAGAAUACCAGCUGCAAAGCAUUGAGGUGAAGUGUGACAAGUACAAGACUGGAGUUAUUGAUGGGCCUGCAUGUAAUAGCCUUUGUGUUACAGAAACACUUUACUUUGGGAAAUGCUUAUCCACCAAGCCCAACAAUCAGAUGUAUUUAGGGAUUUGGGGUAAUCUACCAGGUGUUGUGAAAUGUCAGAUGGAACAAGCACUUCAUCUUGAUUUUGGAACUGAAUUGGAACCAAGAAAAGAAAUAGUAUUAUUUGAUAAGCCAACUAGGGGAACUACUGUACAGAAGUUCAAAGAAAUGGUCUACAGUCUAUUUAAAGCAAAGUUGGGUGACCAAGGAAACCUCUCCGAACUGGUUAAUCUCAUCUUGACAGUGGCUGAUGGAGACAAAGAUGGUCAGGUUUCCUUGGGAGAAGCUAAGUCAGCAUGGGCACUUCUUCAAUUAAAUGAAUUUCUUCUCAUGGUGAUACUUCAAGAUAAAGAACACACUCCCAAACUAAUGGGCUUCUGUGGCGAUCUCUAUGUGAUGGAAAGUGUUGAAUAUACCUCUCUUUAUGGAAUAAGCCUUCCAUGGGUCAUUGAACUUUUUAUUCCAUCUGGAUUCAGAAGAAGCAUGGAUCAGUUGUUCACACCAUCAUGGCCUAGAAAGGCUAAAAUAGCCAUAGGACUUCUGGAAUUUGUGGAAGAUGUUUUCCAUGGGCCCUAUGGAAACUUCCUCAUGUGUGACACUAGUGCCAGAAACCUAGGGUAUAAUGACAAGUAUGAUUUGAAAAUGGUGGACAUGAGAAAAAUUGUGCCAGAGACAAACCUUAAACAACUUAUAAAGGAUCGUCACUGUGAGUCUGAUUUGGACUGUGUUUAUGGCACGGAUUGUCGAACUAGCUGUGAUCAGAGUACAAUGAGGUGUACUUCCGAAGUGAUACAACCAAACUUGGCGAAAGCCUGUCAGUUACUCAAAGACUACCUACUGCGUGGUGCUCCAAGUGAAAUUCGUGAAGAAUUAGAAAAGCAGCUUUAUUCUUGCAUUGCUCUCAAAGUCACAGCAACUCAAAUGGAAAUGGAACAUUCUUUGAUACUAAAUAACCUAAAAACGUUACUAUGGAAGAAAAUUUCCUAUACAAAUGACUCUUAGUUCCUUUGGACAUGUGACCAUUUUAGGAAACCUACUUCUGAAGAAAAAUUCUGAGCAUCCUUCAAAAAAUACGUUUUAAAUCCCCGACUUAAAAUUCCUUUCCCCGGUCCUAAGAAGCCAUCUUAAAAUACAUGUGGAUUGCUGAAGUACUGGCAGGAGGUACAGGAUCAACAGGUCCAAAAAGAUUUCAUUCCUGCCCUUUUAGAAGCCCUGGUACAUUUUCCAGUACAUUCACUGUGUAACUAUUUUGACUGAUGACUUAAAACAAUGCUGUGAAAAGCCUCAUUCCAUAAAUACCAACAGUGAGAGUAUUUUGUUUGUUAGCCAAAAUGUCAUUGCUGGAAACAUUUGUCUACAUUGAAGCUGCUGUUUUAAAAAAAGAGUUUAUACAUAAAUUUACUAAAGUCUUAGCAUGGUAAAGUUUGCACAUUAACAGAAAUUAAGACUGCAAAGCAGGUAAAUUAAAAUUACUCCUUUACAAACAA